AUGAAAAUGAGCCAAGCAAUUAGGUCAUCUAAAACGCUUUUGAAUGAAUACAAGGGAUACAUUGAUGCAAUUUAUAAAUUGGAUUCAGAUGAAAUAAAUUCAACAGCCGGAUUAUACGAAGAAAUCAAGAGCAACUUGAUUGACACAGGUUAUUUUACACCAAAAGAGAUGAUUGAUUUGAUAGGACAAGUUUGCAAUGAGAGUUUACAUUAUCGUCAUGGAUACAUAGAGUUAAUGAAGAGAAUCUUAGAAGAAUAUUUUGCUGACAAUAUUAAUAUCUCACUUUUUUCAAAAUAUGAUGAUAUCAAAAUAAAUACGCCUGAAUAUGCAAUAAUGAAUGAUAAUGAAGAAGAAUUAUUGUAUCACUUGAAAAGUAAGAGGUUUGAUCUCACAAAAAUCCUUGAAAAAUGUUGUUUAAGAGGAGCAAUUAAUUGUUUCAAGUUAAUAAGAAAAGAAUUUAAUGUAAAAAUCACUAAAAAAUGUCUAGAUGCUUCAUUUAGAGGGAAUAAUCAGCACAUCAUUAAAGAAUGUUUGAAAGAAAAAAAGCCUGAUGAUGAUACAAUGGAAGCUGCAAUUGCAUCUCAUAAUUUCGAUAAUGUUGAAAAAUUAAAUACUGAAUACGAAUUACAAAUUUCUUCCUAUCCAUGUACUACUUAUCUUAAUCUUUAUGCAUAUAUAUUAUUUUUAGAUUAUGCUACUUUAUACGACCUAUCUUUUGGCCUUUUUAAAUCUUAA